AUGCUGUUCCUGUAACUUCCAUUGCUAGUGGUUCUCCUCCCAGGUGGUGACAAUAAAGAUGAUUUCCAGGAGCCAGUCUCCUUCCAAAUCAUCCGGAUCUAUUCUUUUUACAAUCGUUCCUGGGUACAAACUCUGGGCUCAGGUUGGUUGGGUGAGUUGCAGACACAUGGGUUGGAGAGCAACUCUGGCAGUUACAUUUUCCUGUGUCCCUGGUCCAAGGGCAACUUCAGCAAUGAGGAGUGGAAGGAACAGGAAAAGUUAUGCUUUACGUCCUCCAUUCAAUUAAUCCAGGCAUUUCAAAACCAUGCCAGUCAAUGGCAGCUUGACUAUCCCUUUGAGUUACAGAUGGCAGCAGGUUGUGAGCUGCACUUUGGGGGAGCCUCAAUAGGCUUCAUGCACAUUGCUUAUCAAAGAUCAGAUUUCAUGAGCUUCCAGAACAGUUCAUGGUUGCCAUCUCCAAAGGGUGGAAGUAGGGCUCAGCAUGUCUGCAGCCUAUUCAAUUUGAAUCAAGUUGGCCUGGAAAGAGCAGACAGGCUUGUCAGUGACAUCUGCCCACGUCUCCUUCGGGGACUUCUUGAUGCGGGAAAGGCGGAUCUCCAGAGACAAGUAAAGCCAGAGGCCUGGCUGUCCACUGGCCCCAGUCCUGGUCCUGGCCAUCUGACGCUGGUUUGUCAUGUCUCUGGCUUCCACCCAAAGCCUAUUUGGGUGAUGUGGAUGCGGGGUGAGCAGGAGCAUAUGGGCACUCAGCGAAGUGACAUCUUGCCCAAUGCUGAUGGGACAUGGUAUCUUCGGAAGUCCUUGGAUGUCGAGGCCACUGAGGCAGCUGGCCUGUCUUGCCGUGUGAGACACAGCAGUCUAGGAGGCCAGGACAUCAUCCUCUACUGGGGACAUCACAAUUCCAUGGUCUUGAUCUUCUUGGCAGUGAUAGUGCCCCUGGUGUUUCUGACAGGUCUCGCAUUUUCGCUUUGGAAGUGCUGGACACCCUGUAAGCCUCCAAGCACUCUUCUCCCUUUGGAAUGAGAACACAGCAGUCCAGGGUUGCAGGAUGUAUGUAAACCUAACACGGGGAUGACAUCCAUU